AACAAGCCAAGACUCAAUAACCAAGACUCAAUAACCACCAACGAUUCCACCCGACAUAACUUCACCAUGGACAUCCUCAACAGCUCAGCAUCCAAUGGUCUCAAGACCAAUCUAUCCAAACCCGCGAGCUUUGCUUCUCUCGGAGUCCAACCGGAUCUUGUAGCAGCGCUAACCGCGAUGUCAAUCACCUCCCCGAGCGAGAUUCAACAGAAGGCGAUUCCCGAUAUCCUUGCCGGUCGUGACUGUAUCGGCUCCUCUCAAACUGGUUCAGGAAAAACAGUGGCCUUUGCAAUUCCGAUCCUACAAGCCCUCGCCAAAGAUCCAAUCAGCUGCUUCUGUCUGAUCCUGACCCCCACUAGAGAGCUCGCUUUUCAAAUUGGUUCCCAACUCAAGGUACUUGGAUCACUAGCAGUCCCUGGAUUCACCUACUCAGUCAUCGUCGGUGGGAUGGAUAUGAUGUCUCAAGCCUUAGAUCUUAAUAAGCGGCCACACAUCAUCAUUGCCACCCCAGGUCGAUUGGUUGAUCAUCUCAAGAGUGCCGAAGGUGAAUUAGGCAGAUGGAAUCUGCGCCGAUGUAAAUUUCUAGUACUCGACGAGGCCGAUCGAAUGUUAACACCCACAUUUGCAGAAUCGCUAUCAUACCUCAUCAAUGAACAACUCCCUCCCCCUACCGACCGACAGACUUUACUCUUCACAGCCACGAUUACCGAACCUGUCCUGGCUUUGUCCGAAAAAACGCCCCCGGCUGGUAAACAAAAGCCUGUCGUACAUCUCUGUGGCCCAAGCAGGAUUAAUCUUCCUGCUACCCUGAAACAAUUUUACUCGUUUAUCCCUUCCCAAGUCAAGGACGUCUAUCUGUACUACCUUCUACUGAACGUAUGUGACCUGACUGGGCUGCCACCUCCUCCUAAGCGACCGAAGGCAACAAAAUCAAAAAGGGUGAAGUAUUCAAACAAGACCAAGCGAUUAAUUAAUGAAGAUGAUGAACCCGAUCCAGUUUCCAACCUACCUCAAACCAUCAUAUUUGUAUCCAAGCCAAGGGUUGCAGAACAAUUACACCUUUUACUCGAAUCCUCACAUCUACCGUAUCCCAUCAAGUCAAGGUCACUUCACUCAAACCUAAGUCAAAUGCAACGCUUGGAUGCGAUCCGGGAGUUCGAAGAGCGUCAGGUGCCAGUACUGAUAUCCACCGAUCUGGGUUCGAGAGGUUUGGACUUGAAACAAGUGAAAUUAGUCAUCAACUGGAACUUGCCCCUGGAUCCUAAUGAAUACGUCCAUCGAGUCGGUCGAACGGCUCGUCGAAAUCAGGGUGGUGAAGGCGAUGGGGUCAGCAUUAGCUUGGUUGCUGAACACGAUAUUGAAUGCGUCUUGAAAGUGGAAGAACAGAUCGGUAGUAAAUUAGAGCUGAUUCCAUUGAAGGAAGAGAAAGUCUUGGAAUACCUGAAUCCAAUCUCCAAAGCCAAGCGAGAAGCUGAAUUGGAUUUGAACGAGAUGAAAUUCGGUCAACGUCAACUGAUCAAUAAGAAAAAGCAACAAAAGUUGGAUAAGAUCCGGAAAGCCGAACAGGACCAAUAAUUGUACUCUUCUAAAGAACCCUUGCCUUCCAUAUCGAUUGUUCUCAAAAUUAACAUUGCUUGCUUCAAAACGAGCAUGGCUUGACAGAAACAUCACUUGUUGAUUUCAGUACUGAAAUUUAACUAAAAUACUCUUCUUGAGAAAUCUGUAUCCAAGAUUCCAAUAUCUCGGAUUGCUAUACAUGUUAGCUGCCUAUAAGCUGUUGGCUAUGUUGCAUAUUGCUUAGUUUGGAUAAACGUUUUCAAGAAAAUUAUUAUUUCAGAGCUCAUGUUGAGCAUCUCCAUUGAAGAAAUGUGUGUUGCUUUUGAAUUGAUCCCCAGCCUUUCACUACCUGUCCCGGCCUCAUAUUUGUUUCUUUUGCGGUAACGGUCAUCAUCACUGGAGAAGGUACAUACACGCGUAUUUUCUCGUUUGUCUUAUGGACAAAUUAACGAUGGCAAAAAACAAAGAAAGCACAGAAGGGAUGAAAAAGGUGAGGCAAUUGUGAAAAUUACAAAAGGUGUUCAAAAGCGAAGACAAUACAUGAAC